UUGUUUCCUUUACUUGUGUCUAGUUCACUCUUAACGAUUUCAAUACGUUAUUUAAUGUUUUGUUGAUUAUUACGACAUGCCGAAUUCGGGCACGCCAUAUGAAUGCGAUCGUGGCAAAAUUCGAUUUGAUGUGUUUCAUGUGUCAAACAAUGUCUAGAAACACAAGCAGAUACUGUGACACGUAACGAUGAAUAUUUCAGUUCCAGUCGUGAUAAUGACUCGAUAGAUAACCUGAAAGCAUGGCGCACCAACUGGACGAAUAACUCCAGCCAUGCCUGCAGACAGACGAGCAGCACUCCAACUUGGGCUGCUACUAUUGGCAGUCCCCGCUCAAUAUUUUGUGUCCAAGUUUUUCGCUACUCCAGAAGCUCAACGUAGUCAAAGUGUAAAAAUGUUGUUAAGUAAUGCCGUUGGCUUUAAAAACAGAUACUUAUCCUGGAAUUCAUGGCAAAAGUGGUGUUAUGAACUUAUAGGCAGUUUAAACAAGAAGAAGAAUGUGGUUUUCACCGGUCAGGACAACCCACAAGGGGAGUCCCCAGCCGUGGAAGUCUUUAAGUAUAAGGAUCCUAAAGGUUAUUUUUCACAAUCUACAGAGCCACGGAGUCCACGACCAGCUGGUGUUAAGUACAGAGUAGGACAGGUUAUACGUCACAAGAUCUGGGGCUACAGGGGGAUUAUAGUUGGAUGGGAUCCUCAAGCUCGGGCUCCAGAAAGCUGGAUAAAGGAGAUGCACGGGAAGGGGAAGGCGCACUAUCGGACUCAGCCAAACUACUCCAUUCUGGUGGACACCCGCGACCGUAUUUCACCUCAGACCACCUAUGUUCCUCAGGAAAACAUUGAAGUUAUUGUACAUAUGCAGAUAAUCCAUCCAGACAUAGACAACUACUUUGAGAGUUUUGACGGAGCCCAGUAUAUAGCCCGGCCCUUCCUGAAGGCUAUCUAUCCCCAUGACUGAGUCCUCCUUGAAUGUCAGAUUGUCUCAAAAGGAUCGUUAGACCACGCUUUCACAGUCUGUUCACGGACUAAGUCCACCUUGUGUAACAUACUGUGACAAUGGCGUGGAAUGCUUCCAAACAAGCCCCCUCUUCUACUCAACAAGAAAGGUUAAAUUUUCUGGACUUAAAAUCAUGAAAAUGCAAUUUCAAAGAGCUUGGUACCUUAUGAUAUGCAACACAUUUGUCCUAGACAGUGAGUGUAUCAGGAUGUGUUAUAUUGACUGACACAAGCAUUACAAUGUGGAGAUGUCAUGGAUCAAAAUUCUGUCAGGAGAAGAAUUUUGCCAAAACUGGAACUGUUUGUGAAUAUGAGCUGCAAGAUUAUAUAUAUAAUGUGAUGACACUGAUGAUGAUAAUAGUGAUGAUGUUGAUAUUUUGUAUCGGCUGUUAAAGUUGACUGGGUUACUCGAUCUGUUUUCCAUAAAAAUCCUGAAUGAAGAAUUUCAGAAGAAUUUUACCGAAACUGGCGCUGUUCACAAAUAUGAGCUGCAUGAUUAUAUAUAAUGUGAUGACGCAGAUGAUGAUAAUAGAGUGAUGAUGUUGAUAUUUUGUGUCGGCUGUUAAAGUUGAUAGGGUUACGCGAUCUUUUUUCCAUCAAAAUCCUGAACGAAAUACUUCAGGAGAAUUUUUGCAGAAACUGGUACUGUUCACGAAUAUAUGAUACAUGAUAUAUAUGGUGUGAUGAAGAUGAUGAUGAUGAUGGAGUGAUUAUGUUAUACUGUAUUGGCUGUUAUAGUUGAUAGGGUUAUUGGAUCUGUUUUCCAUCAAAAUCCUGACAAAAUAACAGCAGAAGAUGAAUUUUCCCGUAUACGGAACUCUUUGUGAAUAUGAGCUAUACGAUAAACAUUGGCGAUAAAGGUGAUGACAGUGUUAUCAUAUUGAUAUGUUGUGAUGGGUAUUACAGCUGAUGCAGUUACUGGAUUCAUACCCUGGGUACAAAACAAUACCCCUACAUCGUUGUACCAAGGUUUCUUCGUUGUGCUAUGAAAAUGUACCCUUGGUACACAUAAUACUUCGCGUUGUACCAAGAUAUUCUUUAUUGAAUCAUUUGGUUUCCAAAUUGGUUUGC